AUGGACUCUAUCACAAACUCAAAUGGAACAGUGGUCCAUUUGGCACCAUUGCUCAACACGUGCAACAAGUCGGAGAUGUUCAGGUACUUGGCCGUAACCUCCUUGUGGAACAACUCUUUGUCCUUUCCAAGCUUGCUGGCCAAAGCUUUUGCCUCCUCAGUCGGAGCAAACUGGUCCAAGGACGAGAUCUUGAUCACAAUGUCUUUUUUGUCGGACAAUCCAAGAAUGUCCAAAAGCUUGGCAACUUCCUCGUUAGAGUUCGAAGGCCAGAUGGCAAGAUGGUCUCCCGUAGAGUACUUGAGAUUCGAGUCUGACAAGUCGAACUCAGCAUGGACACAGUGUCUUGUUUCCGAGUUGAACAACUCCUUGCUGGCGGUGAUCGGAGCAAGGUAA